UAGCGCAGAACUGGAUCCAGUUUGAACCUCAAUCAACUGCCCUCUGUAGCAAAGCACAGACAACAGCAUCGACCACAACAAAAACAGACAGUGUGAGACGAAUUCUUGAUUUCGGACUGGUAAAAUCGUGUCGCCAUGGUGAAAGGGGACAUUAACAAGCCCAAGGGCAAGACGUCAGCCUACGCCUUCUUCGUGCAGACCUGCCGCGAGGAGCACAAGCGGAAACACCCGGAGCAGUCCGUGAACUUCGCAGAGUUCUCCAAGCAGUGCUCCGAGAGAUGGAGGGCGUUGACGGCCAAUGAUAAGCGUCGUUUUGAGGACAUGGCGAAGCAGGACAAGGUUCGCUAUGAAAGGGACAUGAGAGGAUACGUUCCCCCCAAAGGGAUGGCCAAGACCGGCCGCAAGAAGAAGGACCCCAAUGCUCCCAAACGACCACCGUCAGCAUUCUUUGUGUUUUCUGCAGAGUUCCGUCCUACAGUCAAACAAGAAUUCCCAGGCUGCUCCAUAGGGGAGUGUGCUAAGAAGCUGGGCAUCAUGUGGGGUCAGCAGACGCCGGCCCAGAAGCAGCCCUUUGAGGAGAAGGCACUACGGCUGAGGGAGAAAUACGACAAGGACAUGGCUGCGUACCGCUCCGGAGCGAACGUUAAGCGGGUUCCGAUGCGGCCCGGCCCGGGCGGAUCCUCCGCCAUGAUGUCUCACGGCGCCGUUGGCGGUGACGACGAUGAUGACGAUGACGACUUGGACGACGACGAUGAAGAUGAUGAUGAUGACGACGAUGAGUAGCGUUGGGCUGGGGGAGUGCUCCGGCCUGUUGCAUUGGUGCGUCCGUUUUAGCCCGCCCCCUACCUGUUCGAUGGGUGGAGUUUUCACACGAGGCCGUUCCAUUGGCCCAGCAGUGGAAACUACAUUUACUCAGGGUCACUGCGAGCUAAAACAAACGAACCCGCUUCCACUGGAAUCCUAACAGGCCAGAGAAGACAUCUGAUUGGCUGAACGGUGUGUGUGUGUGCCUGUCAGUGACCCUGAAGGAAGGGUUGACCCUAGGUUAGGGGUCAAAGGUUAGAUAGGUCAGGGGGUUAGUUAGAGCCAUACUGGACCAGACACAACCUGCAGGGGACUUUAUAUCAGUGUAACUGAAUAGUUGUUGUCAUUUUAAACAUCUGUAUCCCUGGUAACAGUUGCUGUGGGCCUACAUGUCCAAUAGCAGAGCUCUGUUGGGGUUGGAUAGAUCUGAAUGUUGUUGUUGUGUUGAAUGUAGUCGGUUGUAGUUCCCUUGGUUGUGUGUGGUCCCGGGCGCUGUGGCGGCUCUGUAAUAUUAUGGCUUGAUGUCCCGGGUCGCGUGAUGCUGUGGCCCGGUUUAAAACAUACACUUGUUUUUUUUAUUUUUUCAAUU